AUGUCUACUGACAAUAUUACUUCGCAAUUACAAAAAUUGUCCAUAAAUGCUCCUGCCACUCUGGAAGGUUCUUACCCAGAUGUUAAUGUAGUUGAUCUGAUGAGAAACUACAUUGCAGAAGAACUACAUAAAAUCUCUGGUGUCGACACAAGUUUAAUCUUCCCAGCUUUGGAAUGGACCAACACAAUGGAGAGAGGUGAUCUUUUAAUUCCUGUUCCAAGAUUGAGAAUUAAAGGUGCUAAUCCAAAGGAUUUAGCUGCCGAGUGGGCCGAAAAAUUCCCAUGUGGUGAAUUUCUAAGCAAAGUUGAGGCCAAUGGUCCAUUUUUACAAUUCUUCUUCAGUCCAGAAUUUUUAUUCAAGAUUGUUGUUCCAGAUAUCCUAACAAGAAAAGAAGAAUACGGUUCUUGUAAAUUGGUUGAAAAUAAAAAGAUUAUAGUUGAAUUUUCUUCUCCAAAUAUUGCAAAACCUUUCCACGCAGGUCAUUUAAGAUCUACUAUUAUCGGUGGUUUCAUCUCCAACCUUUACGAAAAGCUUGGUUGGGAUGUUAUCAGAAUGAACUACCUAGGUGACUGGGGUAAACAAUUUGGUCUGUUAGCUGUAGGUUUCGACAGAUAUGGUGACGAAAAUAAGUUGGCCAAAGAUCCAAUUCAUCAUCUGUUUGAAGUCUAUGUCCGUAUCAACAAAGAUAUUGAAGAAGAAGGCGACUCUCUGCCAUUAGAAGAAUCCACCAACGGUAAGGCUCGUGAAUAUUUCAAGAAGAUGGAGGAUGGUGAUGAAGAAGCCCUAAAGAUUUGGAAGAGAUUCAGAGAACUAUCUAUCGAAAAGUACAUUGCUACUUAUGCCAGAUUGAACAUCAAGUACGACGUCUACUCCGGUGAAUCUCAAGUUUCAAGAGACUCAAUGAAGAAGGCUUUGGAAAUCUUUAACGAGAAGGGUUUAACUCAUGAAGAUAAGGGUGCUGUUUUAAUCGAUUUGACCAAAUUCAAUAAGAAACUUGGUAAGACUAUUGUUCAGAAGUCUGAUGGUACCACUUUGUAUUUGACUAGAGAUGUUGGUGCCGCCAUGGAUCGUUAUGAGAAGUACCACUUCGAUAAGAUGAUAUAUGUUAUUGCUACACAACAGGACCUACACACUGCCCAAUUCUUUGAAAUCCUAAAACAAAUGGGUUUCGACUGGGCAAAGACUCUACAACAUAUCAACUUCGGUAUGGUCCAAGGUAUGUCUACAAGAAAGGGUACUGUGGUAUUCUUGGAUAACAUCUUAGAAGAAACUAAGGAAAAAAUGCAUGAGGUCAUGAAGAAAAAUGAGGUUAAAUAUUCUCAAAUCGAAAAUCCUGAUGAAGUCGCUGAUUUAGUCGGUAUUUCCGCUGUCAUGAUCCAAGAUAUGCAAUCCAAACGUAUCAACAACUACGAAUUUAAAUGGGAAAGAAUGCUUUCUUUCGAAGGUGACACUGGUCCAUACUUACAAUAUGCUCACUCCAGAUUAAGAUCUGUUGAAAGAAAUGCUUCUCAAAUUACCUCUGAGAAAUGUUUAUCUGCUGACUUCUCAUUAUUAACUGAACCGGCAGCUGUUCUUCUAAUCAGAAUCCUAGCCCAAUACCCAGAUGUUUUGAGAAAUGCCAUUAAGACUCACGAGCCAACAACUGUUGUUACAUAUCUGUUUAAAUUAACACAUCAAGUUUCCUCUUGUUACGAUGUAUUAUGGGUUGCUGGUCAAACCGAAGAAUUGGCUACUGCUCGUCUAGCUUUAUAUGCUGCUGCCAGACAUGUUCUAAACAACGGUAUGCGCCUGUUAGGUCUAACUCCAGUUGACAGAAUGUAA